UUGAUGCUCAACUACAGGCAAGGGUUUAAGAAUCCAGACAGUAUCAAUGGCGAAAUCUCAGCUAACAAUGAUCCACCCAUGGUUUCUCGAUCUCGUACCUCUCGUGGUUGUUCUUCUCAUUGUUGCUCACGUCCUCGCUCUGGUUUAUUGGGUUUACAGACUAGCAACUGAUAAGCAGCCUGGAAGAACUAAGAGGCACUAAGCAAGCAGUGAACAGUUUACGGAAAUUUUAAAAGAGGCAAUCUCUUUACCGGAUUCGUUCAUUUUUACUGAGUUCCUAUGCAAGUUCACUUGGAGGAGAUUCGCAGGUUCUUGUGUAACAGUUUACACGUGAUCAAUUCUUGAUAGCUUCAUUGUUUGAGGUCUGUGGGGGAUAUAUGUUGACGAAUGUAAACUAACAACUAUAGUUGGAUGAUAAUCGCUGUACCAUAUCUGUAUGUGUUUCUGGAUGCUAAGUAGAUCUUUACCCGUUCUUCUAAAAUGUAUGUUGUCAUGUGAAUUUUAGUUCGUAUGUAGUGCUGCAUUUAUAAAUGGAAUUCCUUACUGGCUUCCUCAUCAA